AUGGAUAAGAAGCUCACCGUUUUCAGGGCAGGAACAAAGGAUGGGCCUUCCUUUUUGUUUUCCAGUGACAACAGCACACGAGAAAAGAAUGGGGUUGUCCAACAACCACGUGAUGUCUGGAUGGUUACCGAGCCUGAUCUGUACUAUCCUCUCAAUCAAAGAGAAAAAAUCGCUGUUCGUCUGUUCAGGGCCGAUAUUUGGCCAAGCGACUUUGAUGAAGUAAAGGUGAAAAACCACUUCAAGUACCAUGGAAUAUGCGUUGCUGAAGGUAAAAGUACAAAACACUUGAAGGAACAACUGGAAUCACUGGAUUGGAAAGAAAUAAAACUCGAAACAUGUGACGGUGGAAUGUCCCGCAUGGAUUUUAACACACUCGUAGGAGCAGUUCUGGUAUACAUGAAAGACAAUUAUCCAACCACACCUAAAGAAUACAACUUUCAAGCUGAAUUAAAGGCUGCGAGUCAUUGGUAUUGGUAUCCAAAGAGCAAUAAAAAUUCUGGCCACGAGGAAGAAGCUUGUAGCUCGAUAAAGCCUCCAGAACUUGUCUCUGGUCCCCACAAAGAUAAUCGUGUGAAAAAAGCAGCACUGGAGACUUGUAAGAAAUGGAUCAGUGUUCUUAAAGAGUUAAAAAUGGAAUCACCGCCACACAAGAGAUCUAAAAGGGUUAAAGAAGAUGAGGAGUCUUCGCCUGACGAGGAUGAAAAUGAGGAACGCAUUUAUGAUCUCGAGGAAAGCAUUUUUGAUUUGAAGACAUACUUCGAUUUCAAAGAGCUGGAAGAAGAUGAAACAGAAAGUGAGAAAUGCUCCUCUAAGCAGUAUGGAAAUGAGGAUAAGGGUUGCACAAUGACAAGAAAAUUGUACAAGGACAAUGCACAAAAUAGGGUGGCCAGGUACGCUCUACGUCCGGGAGUAUCGAGAUCAUUAAAAAGAGGAUUAGUGGGAAUGGCGUGUUAG